CCUUUCCCUUUCCAUCUCCAUCUCAUCUGCCAUCGCAUCGCUGUUUUACCGUGCAGGAGGAAGCAGGAGUUCUCUGUCCGCUGCCUUUUCAGUCUUUCCGGUGUUUCGUCGCAGGUUGACACACUUCCGUUUUUCAUCUUAAUCUCAAUCUCAUCAUCGCCACGAUGCGGUCCGUUGUCGCUCUCUCUGUGGCCGCUGUUGCCCAGGCCAGCUCCUUCUCCAUUGGCACCAUCCACGAGAGCUCUGCCCCCGUGCUCAGCACCGUUGAGGCCAAUGCCAUCCCCGAUGCCUACAUCAUCAAGUUCAAGGACCACGUUGGUGAGGCUGACGCCGACAAGCACCACAACUGGCUCCAGAACAUCCACAGCUCCGGCGAGCAGGAGCGCCUUGAGCUCCGCAAGCGAAGCAACAUCUUCGGCUCUGACGAUGCCUUUGCCGGUCUGAAGCACACCUUCAAGAUGGACGGCUUCAAGGGCUACGCUGGUCACUUCCACGAGUCCGUCAUCGAGCAGGUCCGGAAUCACCCGGAUGUCGAGUACAUCGAGCGCGACAGCAUUGUCCACACUAUGCUUCCCCUCGAGUCCAAGGACACCAUCAUUGUUGAGGAUUCUUGCAAUGGCGAGACCGAGAAGCAGGCUCCCUGGGGUCUCGCUCGUAUCUCCCACCGAGAGACGCUCAACUUUGGCUCCUUCAACAAGUACCUGUAUACUGCCGAGGGUGGUGAGGGUGUUGAUGCCUACGUCAUUGACACUGGUACCAACAUUGAUCACGUCGACUUCGAGGGUCGUGCCAAGUGGGGAAAGACCAUCCCUGCCGGCGACGAGGACGAGGACGGCAAUGGCCAUGGCACUCACUGCUCUGGUACCGUUGCUGGUAAGAAGUACGGUGUCGCCAAAAAGGCCCACGUCUACGCCGUCAAGGUGCUCCGAUCCAACGGAUCCGGCACCAUGUCCGACGUCGUCAAGGGCGUCGAGUGGGCUGCUCUCGCUCACAUUGAGGCUGUGAAGCAGGCCAAGGCCGGCAAGCGAAAGGGCUUCAAGGGCUCUGUCGCCAACAUGUCUCUUGGUGGUGGCAAGACCCAGGCUCUUGACGCUGCCGUCAACGCCGCCGUCAACGCCGGUGUCCACUUCGCCGUCGCUGCCGGUAACGACAAUGCCGAUGCCUGCAACUACUCCCCUGCUGCUGCCUCCGCUCCUCUUACCGUCGGCGCUUCUGCCCUCGAUGACAGCCGUGCUUACUUCUCCAAUUACGGCAAGUGCACUGACAUCUUCGCCCCCGGCUUGAGCAUCCAGUCCACCUGGAUCGGCUCCAAGUACGCCGUCAACACCAUCUCUGGUACCUCGAUGGCCUCUCCUCACAUCUGCGGUCUCCUGGCCUACUACCUGUCUCUCCAGCCCGCUGGUGACUCCGAGUUCGCCGUUGCCCCCAUCACCCCCAAGAAGCUCAAGGAGAACAUCGUCUCCAUCGCCACCAAGGGUGCUCUCUCUGACCUCCCCGACUCUGACACCCCCAACCUGCUCGCCUGGAACGGUGGUGGCUGCAGCAACUUCUCUCAGAUCCUUGAGGCCGGCAGCUACACUGUCAAGCCCAAGGCCAAGCACGCCAAGCUCCCCGCCACCGUUUCGGAGCUCGAGAAGGCCAUCGAGGGUGACUUCGAGGUUGUCUCUGGCAAGAUUGUCAAGGGUGCCAAGACCUUUGGCUCCAAGGCCGAGAAGUUCGCCAAGAAGAUCCACGACCUCGUCGAGGAGGAGAUUGAGGAGUUCAUCUCCGAGCUUUCUGAGUAAGGAUCUCAAAGCAUAUACUUUUCCUUUUUUGUAGUAAUGGCCAUAAUGCGCCGAUGAGAUUAUCAGUACGAGGGUUCAUGGAUCGGUAUCAGGAGAGACUUGUUUUGUUUUUGGGUAUUAGGCAUGCACUUUGGGCGCGAAGCCACGGAUUUAGUAUGGGAUUUUUGCCCUUGACUCUGUAUUCUACUGCACGGUCCUACGUUUCUUCAGACGGAAUGCUUGUACAGGAAGAUGAUUAUAUAAUCGAUAAAUUUGCUUGUUAGAGCACAAUCAUUGCCACUUACCCAUG